AUUUCACUCCGUUGUUCGUGUUUAUGUGAUGGCGUUGCACAAUUAUAACCAUGAAUACCGGGAUUAAAUGAUAUGUUUCGGUUGUUAAGAUACUGGAACUAGCCGAUACAACAGAAUACAGUGUCUAACUUUUAUUAGUAUUAUAUAAAAAGAGUUAAAUCCAGAAAGAAUGAGGAUGAAUCUUCCUAAAGGCCUGUGUGCAGCAUGGCACUGAUCCUGUUUGCCUUUGUGGUUCGGGUCAGGGAUGGACUCCCUCUCUCUGCGUCCACUGACUUCCAGCACAACAGGGAGCUCCAGGAGAGGAAGCAGCAGCUGAAAGUCAUUUCUAAGUCCCUGAACUUGCUCCCUGAGAGAGGGACCAUCAAGGGCCAUGAGCUCCAUAUCUACUUCCUCUCGUCGGAGGGUGUGGCCUACUUGAUGGUGUGUGCGUGUAGCCUCCCUGCUGCUGUGGCCUUCUGCUUCCUGGAAGACCUCCGCUGGGAGUUCACUGCAAGCUUCGACAACUCAGCGGUCGCCCUGGCAACCCGGCCAUACCCAUUCCUAGAGUUCGACAGUGUCAUUCAAAAACUGCAGCAGCACUACAACCAGAGUGGGGGCCCUUCUCUUGGUGUGACCUUGGCUGAGGUGCAGGAGGAGCUGAGGGCCAGCCCUCCCCAGAUCCUCACCAUGGAAGAUGUGCAGCUCAGUAAUGGAGCAGCAAAUGGCCACAUUGAGCAGCCAGCUCCAUCAGGUCAGAAUCAGAGACUGGAGCCAGUCUCAGCACCUGGCAUCCUCUCGCUGGUGCUCAACAUUAUGUGCGCUGCCCUCAAUCUCAUUCGAGGUGUCCAUCUAAUUGAAUACACCUUCCAGGAUGAUUAUGAAGGAAUAUGGAAUGUUGUGGCAUUUCUUUUGGCGUUUGUAUGUUGUGUUUGCCAGUGUCACCUUUACUUAUUCCACUCCUCACUGAAGAAGCUCAAGUCCUUCACGCUCCUGACCAUUAUCAUUCUAUGCAACACCUUUCUGUUUGGCCUGAGGAAUGUCUGGCAGCUGGCCUUCCACAUGUCUGUGGCCUGCCUCUCCACGCUGCUCUGCCUCAACCGCAAGCUUCUGGACAGGAGCUCCGACUGCGGAGUGUGAGUUUACACACAUAGAGCUUCUUCUGGAGCUGCUUUUGAACGCUCACAAGGUAGGACACGUGACUGUGUCUUAUCUUGGUUUACCAAGAGCUAGUCUCAAUGGAGGGAGAUAUAAUGAACAGAGUACAGAGGGGACAGGAACAGUGAGUCACCAGAAAAGAAUACAGCAGAAUAGUGUAUUCAUGUCAAUUUUAAACAGGAAACUACCUUCAAAGACUGACAACAGGACAAUGGAAUGGUGUCUGAAUGUUUUAAAAAAUGCUGGUUACAGCAUCUGAUGUUUUUUCAUUUUCACUGAAGUGUAGGGCUGUCUAUGGAUUUUAUUGGUCAUCCACUGAUUAAUCUGACAGUUAAUCAAGUAAUCAGAGUUUAAAACAGGCCAAACUGGAUAAAUGAGCUUAAAUGAACAAUAACAAAUCAUGCAAAGAUUCCACAUUCAUUUAUUUGUAAAAAGAAACUAAAAAGCCUUAAAAAUAGCACUACAUGGCAAAACAUGAACAUAGAUAGUCCAGAUUUCCAUCUGUUUCUUUCUAUAAUGGAGACCAAAAGGAGAAUUUAAAAUAUGCCAAUUAACCCCUGGUCAUUGAUCAUAUUUUAAUCCACGAUUUUUUUUAAUUGAGUAAAAAUGAGUAAUCAUGACAGCGCUGCUUUAGUGUCAUACAUUAUUUGAAUAUUUCAUCAUUUCACAGUUAAUGACUACCAUGCACACAUGGGUAGCCUAAUGAAAGCUUUUGAUUUAAAAUGCCUUUUUCAUGAAUCAUUAGCAUUUUUAGUGCAUAUUUUGAAUGUAAUAGGGAAAAGAAAUUAAUAAGGGAUGUAACCUAAUAAGCACACUGCAAGGGGAUCGACUUAGUUGAUCUAAGUCACAGCUCCACUGUUCAAAAGUUUGGAACCACUUCUCGUUACCAGUUUUGUGAUUUCAUUCAGUGAUAACUUUUAUAGUGCACAUUACUGUAAACUAGAUACCAGAAGGUAUUCUUUAGGAAACAAUAAUAAGCUUUUAAAUGAUAACUGAUAUUCUGUAAUUAUCUAUUUUCUUGAUAAAUUAUCUGCCUCCAGAUUUAAUCACCACUCAAAUACGAAGCAGUCUGGAUGCUAAUUUUUUCUCCAUUCUGGACACAAAAAAUUGUAAUUUUUAACAGCUCCCUACAAAUGAUUUGAAACCUGUGAGGUGCUGAGUACUAGGAUCAUGUUAAAAUCACAUGUAAACUGUAACUAAAUUGGACUAUGAAUAUGAUGAAAAACACUAUGAAUGUGAUCCCAAACUUUUGAAUGGUGAGUCUAAACUUAUGAAAGGUAAUGUAAUUGCAAAAUAUAAGCAUGCGAAUGUCCCUUUAAAGGGGAAUUCCACUCAUUUUUUAGAAUUUCUACAUGGCUCAGUGGUCGGGAUGUAAACAGUGUCAUUCAGAGUGGUUUGAUGUGAGAUGGUUCAUUGUAGAGAAACUUACCGACUCACAUUUCUUUACAGUGGUGAUGAUGGGAACCACAGUGUCUACAAUAUAAAUAUUCAUUUUGUUUGCAAUCCAAACCCAACACGUGUUUUUAUAUGUAAUGCUAAUAGUGGUAAAUCUGAAAAAAUAAGCUUUCUUUUGGGGAUGAUUUUGCUUUGCAUAUAUCUGUCAAUCAUUAUUAGCUUUUGAAAUACCUAAAAUACCAAAAUUAAAUCUCAAAACUAUGGUAAAACAAUGUCUCAUCGAGCACCCGGCAGGGUAUUCAUGACCCUUUCAUAUUUUAAACGUCUGUGAGCUAGAUUUUACAGGCAUAAACGCUUCAGACAUCUGGUUCCUAUCACCACCACUGACUCAGUGAGUUUCUCUAGAACAGAGCUUUUCGCAUCAAACCACUGUGAAUGACUUUGCCUAGAAGUUUUUAAAAAUUGGUGGAAUUCCCCUUUAACUGAAUAAAGAACUGAGAAACUGAGAAAGCUACUGACUCUUGCAUUAAGUUUGCAUAAAUCUCACUGGUGAACAUUUAAGUAGGUAUAAAACUGACUAAUUUUUUGCAUAAUUCUAAAGUCCGAUUUUGUUCAAGAAGCAGCUGAUGGCUUGUAAAUUAUUAAAGUAUACCUCUCUGAAUAUCAUAUGACAUACAUAUUCCCAGCGACAUGCAAUAUAGGACCUAGUUUACAGAUAGUCUAAAAUAGCUUUUUUUGCACUAAUUUAUUGUUUACAAAAAAGUUGCAUUUUUGUAAGUUUGUGUGAGAAUUUGCUUAGAAGCUAAAUUAGUAGCUGACAGUAUUAGAGCUGUUUUAAAUGAGCAACAGUGUCUGGUUUGCUUAGCAGCAAAAUCGAGUGGAUUGUUUAUUCCAGUCUUAAUUUUCUACCAUCCACUGAAGUUUAAUAACCUUUGAGGAUAUUGGGUAACACUUUAUUAUAACAGGCACCAAAUAAACAGCAGCUUAUUAAUCAUCUAAUAGUUGGUAAAUGACUGAUUAGCUACAUAUCGUCACUGUCCAUAGAAAAACAUGUGUCUGUAUAAUGUAAAGAGAUUUUAUUCCAAGUGGUUUUAGGUCACUUCUCUUGGUGCAUUUAUCAUGAAAUUUACAGAGUACAGAGGACAGCUGCCAUGUUCAAUUGAUGUAAGUGUAAAAAUGGCAAUUGUUGCAUUAAUAAAUGAUCCUAUUUAAAUUAACAGUUUACUUAGUGACAUAACAGUCAAGAAUUAUUUUGGACUGUUGGAAUCUAAUCAUUUUCAUUUAUUAUAGUUUGUCAAUAAUGAUUUUUGUUAUUUGACACUCAUAACACAAAAAGAUAUAACUUGAAAUAUUAGCCGUUUGACAAAAAUGGAUAUUGUUGCAUUAAUAAGACAUACUUCUUGAAUAUUAAUUUUUUACUUAGUGACAUAAUAUUCAAGAAUUAAUAGAAAAAAAUGAACCAACUCAAAAAUUAUAUAACUUGAAAUAUUAACCAUUUAGUUUUAGUUGCAUAAAAACAUUUCUUAACAAUUAUGAAUGAAUUGUCUAUGUCCUGUUUUAAAUGAUUAAGUAGUUAUUUACUUGCUACUUUGCUAAUUUUUCCUUUACGCGUAGUUAAUCAUUAUUAAAUGGUUAAUAUAAUUGUAUGCAAAAGUUUGAACAACAAAUUACACAUUUAGUUAAUUUUGUAAAUGAAAAUAUGUUAACACACCCUCUACAGAGGGCACACUUAAAUAUGACAUUUUUCUGCAGAUUUUAGUUUACAAUUUGUAGGAAUUUGCUGAGUGUAACAUAAAAACUAAAGCAUAAAAUCUAAAAUGUGUACAAAGUUUUGCACAGGCCACAUUUUAUGCUUUACUUUUUUCCAGUAUGAUAAAUUCAGCAAAUAAACAGUGAUAAUGUAACUUACUUUCACUUAGAAAACAAAACCAGGGCUGCCCAAACUUUGAAUUGGGACCCUAUUAUAACGUUGCGACUUAAAAAUGUAUCAUAUUAAUUAUUUCACUUAUAUAACAUAAAUACAUCUAAUACGUUUGUGAAAAGCAUUUACAAUGAUUUAAUUAUUUAUAUGUCACUAAGUAAACAGUUAAAAAUCCAAAUCCUUAUUAAUGGACAAGUAACAAUUAUAUAAUAAUUAACUAUCAAUAACAAACUAUUAGAUAAUGAUUACGUUUCUAAUAUAGAGGCCUGUUAUUAUAAAAUGUUACCAGAUAUUGUUGUAAUGAAGAAUGAAUAAGUCUUUACACUGAAUGGACGAUUUGUAGUAAUGAAGGUUAUUUUAAGCACUUCCGAAAUUUUAUCAUAAUUUAUUUUUUAAGGCCCGUAAGACUACAGUUCAUACAUGUGUAAUUCAUUUUAUCUUGCUUUUCUCUUUUUACAUUCACAAAUGGGUCAUGUGAGAUGUUUUGUUUAAUCAUACUGUACAUGUUGUAGUAACAGUUAGCAUGUAAUGCUACGUGCUUCAAUAUUUAAUAUAGCAUGUGGUGCUAUAUGUAGUAAAGUGAUUGGCAAUGCCUUAUUAUACAGUAUGAUUCGCAUAUUCAAAAAUGAGUUGAAGAUCAUUCUAAAGCUUGUCAAUAUGGCGAUCCAAGUAUAGUAAAACCCAAAUCCCUAAGGGCUCAGUUUCCAUUGAAAGACUUUUGAAAAGCUUUUUAAUGAGAUUCCUUUUAAAAUUGAAAUACUGGUGAAACUACUCCUGCCAUGAAUCGUGACUCUUGUGCUCUAAUUAGCGGCAAAAUGAUUUCAAUUUGACUUCAACAAAGAGAAGCUGAUUUUUUGAACUUUGCGAAUGCAUAUUUGCUCACUAUUCAAGUUUGUAAUUCUUAAUUACUGUGUAUGUUGGGAUAAUAAAACAUAUUUUUAUAAUCAUUUUUAAUGUUUAGAUAUAGUGUAGAGUGUGGAACUAAUUAAGGUUGAGUUGCACUAAUGUACUGGAGGAAAAUGUCCAAUCAAAACGUUUUAAACAAGUUUUAUGUUGAACAUAUCUGAAACCACUCUUGUUGUAGUAGGUGAUCACUUUUUAACUUAAUUUUGAUGAAUGAAGGUUUGUCUGUCAAAAAAAGCUAAGAAUUACAGUACUGUGCAAAAGUCAGAGACCAGCGUUUCAUUCAAAAGCUGGUUGAACAGAAAAAUACACAGAAGCAUCAACAACUAAACUUAAUAUCAAAUGUUUCAGUAUUUAGUGUGUCCACUCUUUUCCUUUUUUGCAGCUUCUAUUCUUUUUCUUGCUUUCAGCUUUUCAAAGAAAACUACAGGGGUAUUUUUCUACACCUCCUAAGUUUAGUCCUAGGCUGUGUUCAGACUGCAGGCAAUUCGGAUUUGUUUCUCAAAUGAGAUCUUUUGAAGCGGCUGUCCAUGCUAUUAUUUGCAAUUGAUCAGAUCAGAUUUGUUUGUUCAGACAUCACCAACCGAUCUGCAUGGGCUGCUGUGGUAAUGACGUAGGUUUCAGUAACCACGUUAGCUAUGCUGGUGACGCGGAUUUCAAACGUGGAUGAAGAAGAGAUGGAGGUGCAUCAUCUCGCCCACCAAACUCUUCAAAAUUCUCUGGUAUAGGCAUGAAUCUUUGGCGCUCUUCUUGAAUCCCAGCGCUUCCUUCACUCUAGAUUUGACAUCACGUUGUUUGUCAAAUUGCAAGUGACGCAAAAGACUCUUUGAAAUCCGAUUUGAGCGUCCAGAGUGUCCAGACUGAGAUAAAUCUGUAAAAAUCUGAUUGAAAUCUCAUAUGCCAAAAAAUCAGAUUUGGGCUGGCAGUCUGAACAAGGCCUUAGAAGUUGGCUGCUUCAUGCUAUCAAAAUAAUCCUAAUAACAUUUAGACACAUCAAUCCAUAAAAGCUUAGAUGUCUAGUUUCAGUGUUGAGGUGUAAAUGUUCCUCUUUUUUUAUAUAUUCUUUUCUCAGUAAGGGCUUCUUGAGAGCUACAUGUCCUUUCAGACCCACAGCAUUAAAGAAAUAGCAAAAAAAUGAACUUUCUAUAUUUUCCACCUGCCCCAAAUGCAGUUGAUCAGCAAAGAUGUUUUUGACGUGUAAAUUUUGCUUCUUUAGCACUGGAGCUAUAAGAUGAAUCAAUAUGGAGCAAAUUAAUUAGCCAAAUGAAAACUCAGGUAACACACCACUACUCAUCUCACUCUGUCUGGACUCAAGUGAUGCUCGUUGUCAUGGUAACGUCUACACUAAGUAGUACUGUACAAAUGCGUGAAAGUCUGGAUCUAAUGACUUGUAAUGUGCAUGUAAACUGAGAUUUUUAUUGUUUAAUUGUUUAUUUAAGUAGAGUGAGCAUAUAAGCACCUCAGUCUUAAUCUACAAUCGGAACGAAUUCAGUCAGAUUGGCAACAAUCUUCGCAUGUAAACACAGCCAUUGAAAGUCAACAGUCACCCCAAGCAGUUCCACAUAUACAUCCUGAACCCACUUGAGCCGCAUCCAUGGUCUUAAUUAAGGUCACCCAGACAAGCUGAUGUGGUUUAGAACAAAGUAUAAACUCUAAACUUAAAAAAUGUAAAAAAAAAAAAAUUUUAGAAAAUAAAUUAUGGUGUAGCUAAAAGAAGAGGAAGCCAUUGCUUUCCUGAGCAUGAUGAGAUGACGAAAGAUGGGGCAAACAACAAAGAUGCUCUGUAGGGUAACGUAGGUAGAAAAAGUAAGGAAGUGUACUCAGAAAAUCAGUACAGUGUCUGAUUUAUGAGUUUGUGGACCACAUUUUCUGCACCCAUGAGCCUCAACCUUGAAUGUACACAAGGAGAAACACAUCUGUUGGAUGCUGGACCCACCAGUGACUCCGUGGACCCACCUGUGAGACUUCAGACAACAGGAGCCUUGUGGUGUGUUUGGGGCAAGUGACAGGUGAUGCUGUGUCUCUGCUCCUCACUUGUGUAGAAUUACUGUAAUUCAAAUUGCAACAUCUCAUACAGUGAGCAAGCUUUAGGUUAUACUGUGCUAAUGCUGCAUACCUGUGUAGUGACAUUUUACAACACACCCCUGCGCUCCAGCCUCCCAAAGUUUGAAGGCAGAAUUGUACCUGAAAUCAAGACGUUAUGCAGGUGAUAAUAUAGUUCUUUAAAUGUGUAAAUAAGGCCUGUCCAUGUCAUUUUACUAAACCAUUUAAACAUAUUUGAAAACGGUUUGGGUGACUAUUGACGUCCAGUGUUUGUUAGCCUUACAGCUCAGUUCUAAACUAAAGAAGCAACAUUUGAACGCCAAACAUGAUCUUUGCUGAUCGACUGUAUUUGGGGAAAAUCAUGAAAAUUUGAUUUUUCUCAAACUAUUUCUAAGUAGUCCUCUCACAGUGAAAGAAUUUACACCUGUUUUCAGAUCUGAAGCAAAAGAGGAGCUUGUUUUUCUCCUCUCUCUCAAAUAUGAAAGCUUUAAGUGCUGUUUAUCUGAUGGGGACAAAUCCCAUUUUCUUUGCAUCAUUUCAUUUUUUUUAAACACCAGUUUUUAAAGCUUCUGUUUUUUUUGCUCGCAAAACUGCAUUAUGAAACUAUACAAGUGGAUUAUCUUAUAUCUAAUCUCCUCAGAAAUAUCUCUGAAAAAUGUAUAACUUGUACUUAGUGGCUGUUUUGACUGGAAAUUAAAUUACUGAAGGGUGGUCUCUGACUUUUGUACAUUACUGUACUUGGGUACCACACAUUAUCACUGUCAGAGCAAAAUCUUGUGUUUCCAAAAUGGUAACUUUACAGCCGAAGGAAAAACAUUCUUAACUUAUAAAGAUAUUUAGUCCAUGGCAAUUUGGAAUUUGGACCAUUUAUAUUGGUCCAGUCGACAUGCAAUCUUUACACGCAAAGGGCAGCUGGCGUUUUCAGAUUAUGUAAAAUGGAAAAAAAACAAAAAUGGAGAUCCAAGUUUUGUUGUGACAGUGAGUAUUUACUUGUUGGUGUAAUCUGGUAUAUUCUGAGGCCAUUAACAAGAAUCUGCAGAAACCAAAUAAUAAUUUUAACGUGAUCUUUCAAAAAAUCCGUCCAGUGUGCUUCAGCCAAGCUUAUACUAGAAGAUUAUAGCGUGAGUUUAGCUUUAUAGAGGUGAAUUUCUCUCUGAGACAGAGGUUUUUUCAUUGGUUCUAACUGGGCUGUUCAAGGAAUCACAGUAUUAUGCAGGGUAAACCACAGAGGCUCAUUAAUAUACAGUUUGAAUGUUUUAUUGCGGAGCACAAAUUAGGCCUUUAAAUCUUGGCGUCCUCUCCAUGUUGACUCUGAAACAGACACUGAGCCAAAACAGGCUCAUUUGUUCCUGCAGUAACACACGCAGCCUCUAUUUCAUAAGUGCUCCACAGUUCGACUCUGAAUAGUCUGAUCCACUGAACUGCCUGGUAAAACCUGCUGUACAGCCAAAAUUCAUCCAGAGAACACUGACGAGGUUUUGCUGUCAGUUCACAUUUAUGAUCAAGCGCACACUGCUCUGCUGUUCAUUCAACGUCAUAAAUGCUUGAAUGGAUAAUCUUUUAAUAUUUUUUAAUUCUGCUCUAAAGCAAGCAAAUGUUUAACCAGCAAACUUGCUGAAGUGUUGUCCGAUUUUCCGGUUUGUAUGUGUGGGUGUCAGUAUGAUUUGUAUGUGAGGGUGUUUUCUAAUAGAAAUGUGGUCAUUAGAUGAGUUCAUAAACUAUGCUGACCAAAUGAAUGAUGUUUGUGACCGCUGCCAUAACUGUAAUGAAAUGUCGAAUUUUGCUAUGAAAUACAAAUAGGGUCUUUACAGUGGCUUCAUACAUGAGGAUAUGUUUAUGUGGUAUCAACUGUUAUUUUAUCAUGAUUUGUGAAUUAAAUGAUCAAAAGGAAAA